AUGCGCGUCGUCAUCCCAUCCAUUGCCUUCCUGGCUACCUCGGUCGUCGCCCAGACCUACCAGCGCCUGGGUACGUGCCCUACGCUCGGCUGCGUGCUUCCUCCCGAUCAAUCCGACUUCCUUCCAGGCCAGCUCUUCGAUCUCCGUGUCGAGGUCCAUGCGCCCGUCAACGGCUCCGAGGCCGCGCACGGCGGCAAGCCCGACGAGGCGUUCAAGGUCACCAUUGCCAAGGAGGGCGGUGCUGCGCAGGACAUUGUGACGGCGUUUAAGCUCAGCAAGGAGCCUGAGCUGGAGAAGUGGACGUUCAACUGGUAUGAGGACCUGUUUGCCGAGGACGCCAAGAAGGCGUCGACUGUCAAUGUCGCCUCCAAGAUCUACCGCAAGAUUGCCCUCAACGAGCCCGGCAAGUACACCGUCAAGCUCAGCUACUACGGCACCGAGACCACCACAGCCGAGUGGGUGGUUCGUCCUCUGCAGAAGGAGCGCAAGGCGCGCAACGUCAUCUUCUUCAUUGGCGACGGCAUGACUACCAACAUGAUCACCGCUGCGCGUCUGCUCGGACACAAGAGCAUCAACGGAAAGUACCAGACGCUCAUGAAGAUGGACGAGUUCCCUGUUGUUGGUCACCAGAUGACGCACUCCAUUGACAGCUACAUCACCGACUCUGCCAACUCUGCCUCUGCUCUGUACAGUGGCCACAAGUCCACUGUCAACGCCAUGGGUGUCCAUGCUGACUCUUCUCCUAACCCCUUUGACGACCCCAAGGUCGAGACCAUUGUCGAGAUCUUCCGCCGUGUCACCAAGGGUGCUUGGGGCGCCGUCUCUACCGCCUUCAUUGCUGAUGCUACCCCCAUUGCCCUGACUGGCCACACCCGCCGCCGUGCCGAGUACGGUCCUCUGAUUGACCAGGCGCUCAACGGCCUCACCAACUACUCCUGGACCCAGCACGACGGCCCCGACGUCUACUUUGGCGGCGGUGCUGAGCAGUUCAUCCCCGGCAAGGCCUCGUACCAGGGCAAGGACUACUAUGCCGAGUUUGCCAAAAAGGGCUACACCGUCAGCAUGAACAAGACGUCCAUGCUCGCCGCCGACAACAGCAAGCGUGCCCUCGGCAUCUUCUGCAAGAGCAACUUGCCCGUCUGGCUCGACCGCAACGUCUACACCGACAACCUCAAGAACCUCAAGAACAACCCCUCCGGUGCCUCGGGCGAUGCCACUGAUCUUCCUGGCCUCAAGGAGAUGACUCUCAAGGCUGUUGAUAUCCUUCACAAGCGCGGUGGCGACAAGGGCUUCUUCCUCAUGUCUGAGGCUGCCUCUGUCGAUAAGCAGAUGCACACGCUCGACUACGACCGCGCUCUUGGCGAUCUUCUUGAGCUUGAUGAUACUGUCCGCGCUACUGUUGCCAAGCUCAAGGAGCUUGGUAUUCUCGAGGAGACUCUCAUCAUCGUCACUGCCGAUCAUGGCCACGGCUUCGAUGUCUACGGAUCCGCCGACACAAAGUACCUCACCGAGACCAAAGACGAGCGCCAGAAGCGCAACGCCAUUGGCGUCUACGAAAAGUCCGGCCUGUCCCAGUACACCAAGAAGAUUGACGGCAUCGAGUACGGCACCGGCGUCAACUUCCCCACCAACUGGGAGCCUCGCUACGCCAUUGCCGGCGGUGUUGGCGCCUCGCCCGACCGCCGCGAGAACUACAAGGUGCACAAGGCCCCUCGUCUGCCUGCCGUCAAGCUCGGCAACGGCACCGAGUACUACGCCAACCCCCAGGAUGGUGCUGACGGCAUCGUCAUCAACGGUACUCUGCCUACCAGCGAGGCCCAGGGCGUCCACUCGCUUACCGAUGUACCCAUCUAUGCCAUGGGUCCUUGUCAGGAGACUUUCAGCGGUACCUUUGGCAAUGUCGACAUCUUUUACAAGAUUGCCAGCUGCUUGGGUCUUGCUCGCGAGAACAAGCAGCCUGCUUGCAAGCCCAAGAAGGACUAA